GAUCUGCAAUAUGUGGGCCAGACUACGGGUGUAUAUUCAUCCAAGACGACGGGUCAAUUACCAUUCUUUCUCUGUAGCGAGACAGCUCAAGUGUACGUACAGAAUGCCGACCUACAAACUGACCUACUUCGACUCCCGGGGCAGUGCUGAGUUCAUCCGUCUUGUCUUCGCCGCGGCCGGACAACCGUUUGAAGACGUGCGCCUCACACGUGAAGAAUGGGCAGACUUCAAACCUAAGGCACAGUUCGGUUCUCUACCAGCGCUAGAAGUCGACGGCAGACAGUUUGGGGAGAGUGUGGCUAUCGCUAAUUACGUGGCCAGAGAGUUAGGUUUCUUCGGCAAGACUGCCCGCGAUGAACUGAUCAUCAAUCAAACUGUUCAGCUCAUGCAAGAGUUGAAAUCCAAUGCUAUUCCCAUAUUUAUGGAGCAAAAUGAAGUGAACAAGGCUGAAUUAGGAAAGAAGUUUUUGGAAGAAACAGUUCCCAGGUACAUGGACUACGCAAAAAGAAUACUCGAGGAGAAUACCACUGGCUAUUACGUUGGCUCAUCCCUGACCCUGGCAGAUCUGGCUGUCUACGACGUAGCCUUCAACCUGGAGUUCCGCCACCCGGGCAUCCUGGACAAGUACCCGGUGAUCAAAGCCCACUCUGAGACUGUGCUCACCAAUCCCAAGGUCAAGGCUUACGUCGAUGCACGCAAACCUACACCGUUGUAGAAUAUUUUCGUAGAAAAAUAGUUGCCCCCCCCCUCCCACCUCUCGAUUUAAACAUGCUUGACUUGGUGCCCAGAUCCGGGGUCGUUGUGGGGUUCACUGUCGAAUUGCAGCAAUGUCUCUUAUUAAGAAAAAUAAAUGACGUGUCAUAAUGUGUAAAGGCAUGAGAGGCUUAUACCUUGCUUUAACCCAAUUUGUAGACUGAAUAAAACGUCUCAUGAUUUCCCUUGAGACGGACCUUGAAUUUGGAGGUACCUUUUCUUAUAAUAUUAUACCGGAAUAGUGUUUAUAGGGGUGUCAAAUGACAUUAUAACAACGUCAUUCCUAUAUUAUGUUUGGUUGGAAAGGGAGUUUUAUUUCGUCUCGAGACAGCUCUUAAAUCAGUGGGUGGGGAAUUGCACCCCAGUC